CAGAGGGAGAGCAUCUCUGUGUGUUUGAGGCCAGCUUCAUCUCCGUAGUGAGUUCCAGGACAGUCAAGGCUACAUAGAGUCAAUGACUCAAAAAUGUAAGGUUAAUAUUUUAGACAUUUUUGUACUUACAAAGUUGAAAACUUAUAAAUCACCAUUUUAACUGAAGUUAGGAAAUUGAAGAAGUUUAAGUAGCUGUUAAGAUAGUUUCAAAACAUAAAAUACCAAAAAGCAUGCUGGCCAUACCGCUAUUGCAUCGAAGGUUGUACAGUAUUUUUUGGGAAAUGCUGAAUCCAAAUAGAGUAAUACUCACACAGUGGUUACUAACUAAAGGAUUCAACAGGUGAAAAGCUAGUUCUCCCCAAUCAAUUCACAAAAUCAAUGAAAUCUUAUACAUUUCUUUUCUUCAUAUAUAUUUUCUGUGGAAAUUCAAGCAGAAUAAUUUUAAGUUUUUGAUUUUUAAAGAGGAAAAAAAUUGAAGUUACUAACACAAAGGAAUAGUCCACAGAACAAUAACUGAUACAUCCAUCUUCUCUUCUGCAAAGUGUCCUAUGAAGAAAGUGAAAAGGCAAACUGCAGAUUGGGGAAAUGUUCCCAAAGGACAUAUUUCAGAAAGGAUGUGUGCAAUAUGCAGGAUUUUAAAAACUCAACAACAACAAAACCAGCGCCAGGCAAAAACACUCUAAGACACAUUAGCAACCAAGACACACAGAUGGUCAGUAAGAGUGUGAAAAACUGUUACAAAUUGUAUGUCUUUCAAGAAAUACUAAGCCAAGUACUACAACCAAAUUACAGGACACCAACAUCACCAAAUGUUGAGGACGGUGUGGAGCACCAGGAACUCUGAUUCUUGGAUGAUGUGAUUGGCAACCAAUAUGGCCACCUCGGAAGACAGUUUAGUAGUUUCUUGCAAUGUCAAGUGUACUCUUACUGUGUCAUCCGGUCAUCAUGUUCUAUAGUAUUCAUGCAAGGGAACAGAAAAUACAGGCACAAAAAAUAUUUGAACACAGAUGCCUCUGGAGACUUGAUUCAUCAAUGUCAAAAACUUACAGUAACUGAGGCAGGCAGAUCUCAGAGCAAGUUCCAGGACAGCCUCCAAAACAAUACAGAGAAACCCUGUCUCGAACCCCCCCUCAAAAAUCAGUGAUUUCCCAAUUUCAGAGAGGCAGAGAAAUACACAGAUUUAAAGGAUUUGGAGGCCAAGAAACUAUUCCAUUUGAUAAUCUAAAGGUAUGGAUAAACUGUGAUAAGUUGUCCAAAUCUACAGGAUAUACAGCAUCAAAUAAAAAAACAUAGUCUACAGUUUGGGCUUGGUGACGAGGAUCUGUGAAUGGGAGCUGGAGAAUUGUUCUGAGGAUAAGAGCCUGGUAUAGGUAGUGAGUCCCAGGACAGCCAUUGUGAAACCCUGUCUUGGAAAACAAAAGCAAACAAAAGAUGUGUUAGCUGGGUAUGUUGUUGCAGUCCUUUAAUCCCAGCACUUGAGAAACAAAGGCAGGAGGAUCUUUGAAUUUGAGGCCACACAGGACUAUGGAGUAGUUCCAGGACAGCCAGGGCUACACAGAGAAACCCUGUCUCAAACAAACAAACAAAAAGAUACAUUAAUAUAGGCUUAUCAAAGAUGACAAAUGUACAAGUUUAGGGUAUUAAUAAUGUGGAAGGCUGUGUGUAUUUGUGGCCAAGAAUAUAGGGAAAAUUUCUGUACUUACAAUAAUUUUCCCAAACAUAAAAAUUUGCAAUACAUAUAUUUGAAAAAGGAUUACAUUCAGAAUACAGGAUUCUAUCUAUCUAUCUGUCUGUCUGUCUGUCUAUAUUUCGUCUCUCUUCCCCUCUCUCUCUUUCUUUUGUGAUAUGGUCUCACUUUGUAGCUCUGGCUAUCCUGAAACUCACUAUGUAGACCAGGAUGGCCUUGAACUCACAGAGAUCUGUCUUCCUCUGACUCCCAAGUGCUGGAAUUAAAGGUGUGUGCCACUAUGCCUGUCUUCACAAGAUUAUUUCUGCAGGAAAAUGCUCCAAAUAGAAACAUGUAAAACACCUAAAUACUACUUUCAAAACAAUGUAUCAUAAUAAAAAUAAUUCAUGUGACAAUGUGGAUAAUUUCAUUAAUCACCAGAGAAAUGCUAGUUAAGUUUAAGAUAUAGUGUCAUUUGUGCUCAUAAGAGUGGUUAAAACUGAAAUGAUAACAGAAAAUGUUGACAACACCAUAGAGCACAUGGAACUCCCAUUCUGUUGCCUUUUGCUUAAGUUUUACCGUGCUGCGAAUCAGUCUUGAGUAUGCUGAACAAGGGUUCUACAGCUGACAUGUAUCUCUACUCUUCAGGUUUUUUCUUUUUUUUCUUUUGAAGUGUAUAAUAUACUGCCCUUGAACUUAUAAGCCUCCCUUCAGUGUCUCGCCAUGCUAGGAUUACAAACACGCGCCACCGUGGCUGAUCCAGCAACCCUACAUUUUUAGAAAAAAAUACCUUACAAUCCAGGCUAAAUCUCAAUGGAUUAUCACAUUUGAAUGCAUACUAAUCCAAACAUUCAAAGUAAAUCGCAUCAAAAUCGCAUGUACAACAAUGUUUGUAGCAUUAAAAACUUAAGACAUUCACCAGCUGGAGUAGACACAGUGAAUCAUGACACACAGGAGUAAUACGAAAUAAUGAUAAGAAAUCUAGUUAGGACAACUUGUCACAACUCGACUUCACAAAGCUGAUGUUGAAUGACACAGGGCCGGCAUAAGAGAGAAGAGCUCUACAACCACGCUUCAUAAAAAUUCUGGUAAAUACAGAGUCACGUGCAAUGGUAGUGGCCAAUGUGCUACUUUUGUGGAGAGGGUUGAUCAAGAAAUAAUGACCAGAGGGAGCACAAUAUAUUUUUGCAUAUUUUAGCUUUGCUUUAGGUUCCUACUUAUAGAAACAUAUUAACCAUUGAAAAUAUUCCUGUGUGUCCCUUCUGAAUGAAUGUUCUAUAUCAAAGCAAAAUUAAAUUAUAAAAAAUUGGAUUUUUCUGUAUAAAAUUAAUGAAAUACCAUUUAAUUUAUUAUAAGCCCAUAAAAAGUUUCUUCAUGUUCUCUAAAGAAUUUAAUUAAGAUUACUAUGCUAUAUUAAGAAACUAUAUUAUGAAUAUACUAGCUCAUCAAAGGUAUGUUUAUAAAUACUAGGAGUUAACAUAAACUCUUGUAUUAGGAGAAGCAACUGUAUCUCAAAAACAGGCUUAGAAUUUAGAAUGUCAAAACUAUAUGCAAUCAUAAAAAUGGACGCGUGGUGGUGCUGUAGACUAAGCGUGAGACUACCAGCUCUGCAGAUUCCCAGGAAACUAGAGAAAUCUGAAAAUCAGAACGCUGUCUGCUCCCCAGAAGGACAACACAUUUAAGUGUGAACCAGGGGAGAAACGCCCAGGGAUGGUAGGGCGUUAAAGAAGAUUUAAUUGGAGGUUAUUCACCAAACUAUCUUUGUGGAUUGAAAACAAUUAGAAGAAGCAACGCCCUCUGGACUGCAUCUGAACAAUGGAGACAGCCCUAGCAAAAACGCCACAGCAAAGGCAAGUCGUUUUUAUUGCUAUGCUGCUGCUUUUGUGGGAGUCUGGCUCUGAGGCAAUUAGAUACUCCAUGCCAGAAGAAUCAGAGACUGGCUACUUGGUGGCUAACCUGGAAAGAGAUCUGGGGCUCAGGGAGGGGGAGCUGGCCUCUAGAGGGGCACGAAUCCAUCACAGAGGAAACAAAGAGCUCUUGGGGCUGGAUGCAGAGACCGGAAAUUUGCUAUUAAAGGAAAAGCCAGAUCGCGAGGUGCUGUGUGCGGCGACAGACCCUUGUGUGCUGCACUUCCAACUCAUACUCGAGAACCCUGUGCAGUUCUUCCAAACAGACCUUCAGCUCACGGAUGUAAACGACCAUUCUCCGGAGUUUCCCCACAGGGAAAUGCUCCUAAAAAUCCCUGAGAGUGCCCAACCAGGAACCGUGUUUCCUCUGAAGGCAGCUCAGGAUUCUGACAUAGGGAGCAAUGCUGUUCAGAACUACACAGUCAGCCCCAACCUCCAUUUCCAUGCGGUCACUCACAGUCGCGCUGAUGGCAGGAAAUAUCCAGAGCUGGUGCUGGACAGAGGCCUGGACAGGGAGGAGCAGCCUGAGCUCACUUUGACCCUCACUGCUGUGGAUGGAGGGUCUCCGCCCAGGUCUGGGACCACCACAGUUCGCAUUGAAGUCGUGGACAUCAAUGACAACGUCCCCCAGUUCCUACAGUCGCUCUAUGAGGUGCAGGUCCCUGAGAACAGCCCCCUUGGUGCCUUAGUUGUCGCGGUCUCUGCCAGGGAUUUAGAUGCUGGGAUAUAUGGGAAUGUCGCCUACUCUCUGUUUCAAGGUGGUGGAGCUUCUCAACCGUUUGUAAUAGACGAGGUCACAGGAGAAAUCCAUCUUAUAGGGGCUUUGGACUUUGAGUCAACACCCUACUAUAACAUGGAAAUUAUAGCCACAGACAGUGGAGGCUUUUCAGGAAAAUGCAGUGUAACUAUUCAGGUGUUGGAUGUGAAUGACAACGCUCCUAAACUCACCAUAUCUUCGCUCACUGCUUCAAUCCCAGAAAAUGCUCCUGAGGCUGUAGUCGCUGUCUUCAGUGUUUCUGACCCAGAUUUCGGGGACAGUGGAAGGAUGGUGUGUUCCAUUCAGAAUGAUCUUCCAUUUCUUUUGAAGCCCACAUUCGAGAAUUACUACACUUUAGUGACAGAGGGAGCACUGGACAGAGAGAGCAGAGCUGAGUACAACAUCACCAUCACAGUCACCGACCUGGGCAUACCCAGGCUCACAACCCAGCACACCAUAACAGUGCAGGUGUCUGACGUCAACGACAACGCCCCCGCCUUCACACAAACCUCCUACACCCUGUUUGUCCAGGAGAACAACAGCCCCGCCCUGCACAUAGGCACCAUCAGCGCCACAGACUCAGACUCAGGCUCCAAUGCCCGCAUCACCUACUCGCUGCUGCCCAGCCACGACCCGCAGCUGGCCCUGGACUCGCUCAUCUCCAUCAAUGCCAACAACGGGCAGCUGUUCGCGCUCAGAGCGCUGGACUAUGAGGCCCUGCAGACCUUCGAGUUCCGCGUGGGCGCCACAGACCAAGGCUCGCCGGCUCUCAGCAGCCAGGCACUGGUGCGCGUGCUCGUGCUGGACUCCAAUGACAAUGCGCCCUUCGUGCUCUACCCGCUGCAGAACGUAUCUGCGCCCUGCACAGAGCUGCUGCCCAGGGCGGCGGAGCCAGGAUACCUGGUCACCAAGGUGGUGGCUGUGGACCACGACUCUGGCCAGAACGCCUGGCUGUCGUUCCAGCUGCUCAAGGCCACAGAGCCAGGGCUGUUCAGCGUGUGGGCUCACAAUGGCGAGGUGCGCACCUCCAGGCUGCUGAGUGAGCGCGAUGCUCCCAAGCACAGGCUGCUGCUGCUGGUCAAGGACAAUGGCGACCCUCCCAGGUCUGCCAGUGUCACUCUGCAUGUGCUGCUGGUGGAUGGCUUCUCUCAGCCCUACCUGCUUCUGCCUGAGGUGGCAAGCAACUCUGUCCAGGAUGAGGAUGCACUCACGCUGUAUCUGGUCAUCGCCUUGGCAUCUGUGUCUUCGCUCUUCCUUUUGUCUGUGCUGCUGUUUGUAGGGGUGAGGCUGUGCAGGAGGGCCAGGGCGGCCUCUCUGGGUGGUUGCUCUGUGCCUGAAGGACACUUUCCUGGACCCCUGGUGGAUGUCAGUGGCACUGGAACCCUCUCCCAGAGCUACCAGUAUGAAGUGUAUCUUACCGGGGAUACUGGAACUGGUGAGUUCAAAUUCCUCAAACCCAUGAUUCCCCAGCUGUUGCUUCAGAAUCCUGGGAGAGAAAUUAAGGAAAAUCACCACUGCAGGGAUAGCUUUGUAUUUGGCUAGCUUUUGUAUUUGGUUAGGUGAAUUUAUUUUUGCCAAAUCUACAGUAAAAUGUUUCUCGUGAGUGAAUUGUAUUUUACUGGCUCUGUAAUCAAAUCAUGUAUUUCCUCCAUUACUAAAUUUUUUUCUUUCUUGAUAUCUAUUGCACUAGUAGUUUCAGGCAUAUGAAUAUUAGCAACACAAUAUCUUUAUGCUUCAACAUAUGCAUUACAUUAGCUCAAGAAUUAGACAACAAAAGACAUUUUAUUUGACGUGCUUUAGGUUUUGUAUAGUUUUUUUGUUUUUAUUUUGUUUCAGACAGGAUAUCACUAACUGAAUAUAUAUAUAUAUUUGUAUAUAUGUAUAUAUGCUUGUCUCAAACUAAUAGAUAUGCAUCUCUCUCUGUCUCCUAUAUGCCACCUACUUUACUGUUUUUACCACAAAUUUUAAAGUUUUUAUACCCAAAUUAUUUACAUAUUUUCACUUUAUUCUAUUGCUAUUGGAUAUUUAUAUAGGAUCUCUUAAGUGCUCACCAUAAAUUCUGUUAGUGAGCUUCACUCACAGCUGAAGUUUCUUACCGUCACUCUCAGUAGUCUGGAGUUUAACAAGGUGCUUGUCUUACAAAUAAGCAACCAGUGUAUUAAAAUAUUAAGACACUAGAAUCGUGAACUUUUCUUCCAUGGACUGCAUGUGCUAGAGGUUGGCUGCAUUAUUUGUCCACUACCCACCUAGCACAAAUAUUAAUGUUAGCAGCCUCACUUGUAAAAAAGCAAAGGGAUAACCUCAUGUAUUACUGACUUGUCCCCUCUGUCACUGAACAAAUAUGUUAGAGACUGAGGGUGUAAUCAGUGGCAGACCAUACAUGCAUGCCAGGCUCUAGACACGCUUCCAAGAAGCAGAUCAACAAUCAAACAGACAAAGAACCCCACCUGGUAAAUCACUGCUUGACACAAUAAUGCUCAAAAGCUAAUCUGAGCAGUAGAAGUAACCACUGAAAUCCUGCAAAGAAUCCAGACCUUACGUGGUCUCAUCUUUUUAAUCCACCAAUAAAGGUGUACAUGGAGCUCUUGUGGUUCUGGCUUGUGAACUGGAGAUGGAGAACCACCCACCUUCUGGGCAUGCCAAUGGAGGUUAUCAUGCUAGGUUAACAGAGGUUGGAAGAGCAUUGUGGGUGGCACCAUUCCCUGGGCUGAGACCCUGAACUAUGUGAGGAGGAGAAAGUGGGCUGAGCCCAAGCCUCGUUGCUCCCUUCUUCCUGCCUGGAGAUGCAGUGUGAUCUUGUUCAAGCGUGUGGCUUUCACCUUCGCUGUCAUGGUGCAGUCUUGAUCUGUGAGGCCCAAACCCUCCCUACUUUAUCCUAGAACUAGGAAAAGUAACUAAGACAGCCUUAUUGGAAACCACACCCAGAGGCUUGUGCAUUCUAAGCAUGCUGUUCCCCGUGGCUCCCUUCUAGUUUAUAGUAAUGUAUACAUUUCCUUUGGUUCUCCUGCAGUUUCUCCUAGCCUUUCAAAAGACUCUGGAGAUUUAGGGAAAUUUCCAUAUUCUAUUUGAUUCUGGCUAUCACUUCUGAUAAUUUCCACCUUUUAUUAUUUUGUAGCUAUGGAAAGCAAAACAUUUUUUGUGAUAUUUAAUAAUUAUCUUCUGUUUUGUUAUUUUGUGUAACCAUGAAAUAUUCUCAGUUAAUUCAAUGUUUCAAUUGUGCUGUCUAUUGCAUAAUACAAAAAUUAUUGGUUUUUAAUUGACUUGAAUUGUAAUGAAUUAAACUGAAUUAUAAUGAACUUAUAUUCAAUGAGUCAAAAAAGCUCAUUAUGUGGUUUCUAAAAGUUAAAUUCAUAAUAAUACAACUGAAAGAAAACUUUACUCAACCUUUGCCAGAAUAUUAACAAUUGAAGAGCUUGGUUUAUAAUCUAAUAUCUUUCUACGUUUUACUUUUUAGUUAGUGUAUACUCAUUGUACAAAGCAAUGGAUUUCCUUAUGAUGUUUUCAUGACUGAACAUAAUGUAUACACAUGAAUCAUGUUUAUCCUUUGCUUGUUUUUAAAUCUCAAGUGUCAUUCCUUGGAGUUCAAGUAUUUGCAUCUUUCCCUGAAUUAAUGUUUCCUCCCCUAAGGAUGUAAUGGAAUAUAAAAAUAAGAUUGCUGACCUUCCCUAA